GACAAUGCAUUGUUUGGGUUCUCGCAAUUUGAUAAAUUUGUCUGGAAGAAAAUAUUUGCCUUACACGGCUUGGUGACCUUGUUGAUUCAGCAGUCAACCUGGGGUCUUUAUGGAUAUCGCUCUGCGUUCGUUUGGUAACCAUUUAAUGCGCAGAUCAAGUAUUUCCGAGGGUUAGAAAGUUACAAGCUGUCGCCGCCAAAACGAAAAUUGAACCACCAAUAACGCAGUGUCGCAGGCAGAGAAGUUGAGGCCCUACACAAUCCACAGACAGAUUUCAGAACGGCAGUUGUAAAGACUAGUCAAAUGGAGAGUGGUCACCCUUGAAACAACAUCAAUUAAGAUGUCCCCUGUACCUGAUGGUAAUGAUAUGCCUGAGAACAACCAUCCAGAGGAGGGCACAAUCCAGGAUGAGCCCCUCCCUCACCACAUGAUUGGCCAGAUCCCAUCAGACAGUGAUGAGGAGGAGGAAGGGGAGGAGUUCGCUUAUGAUGGACAGGAGUAUGUGUAUGCACCAUUACCUCAGGACCCAGAAGGUGCGCUUCCCCAAGAUGAGGCUGACAGUUCUGACAGUCCUGAGGAAGACCCAGGGGCAUAUGCUGAUGAAGGGGUUAGACUCGAGAUGGGGGAUGGACAGGGUCCUAGCCCACUCUCACCGGCCACUCAGGUGCCAGAUUUACCUCGACCAGAUGAAAGUGAUUUACUGUGGAACCAGCCCAGAGCUUCCUGCUCAGGGCCUAUAGAUCAAGCUCAAGCCGAGGAAGUGAAGUCAGCCAUGGCAGGUUUUCAACUGCCCCUUUCAAACCACCCAGACUGGGCGCGGAACCUAUCGGAUGAGGACUGGAAAGCUCAGCUUCUGAAUAGGUUACAAGGGAACAAGUCUUCAGAUUUCAAGGCCAAGUUUGACAAGUGACGGCGGAGGAAUGACACUGUGUAUCCUAAUGUGUGGCGGCCUUUUCUGGAAACUGGGUUAUCUUCCCCUGAUCUACCUGUGGGGACUGAUCACCUCAGGACUGCUUCUAAAUUUAGUGUUUUGUUUCGUUAGAAGCCUGUUGUACAAAGCUGUCACAAUGUUGCUUCAAGGAUAUUUACCAUGGUAACAUAAUGAUGUUCUGCCAGGCGCAUUAGGAAUGCAUUUUAAUAAGACUGACCUCUGCUGUAUAUGACAUUCGGACGCAACAUCUUAUUUCUGUUGUUGUAUGCAGUCAUUAAAAGCAUAAUGACGUUAGACAGUGUUGAUAAUUAAUAAUGGACGCAGAGGUAAUGAAAUUGUCGCUUUUCCGAAUAUGCAGUUUUCCAAGUUACAUCAUUAUUUUACCUGAGACAUCAAACCAACGUUGCAAAACAUUGUCGCCAUGUUAUGGCAUGGCUGGGUCUAAGUCCUGUGUAGGGCUAUAGCUUGAAAAUCCAAGCUACAGAAUCUAUCUUGUAAUAUUUCAUAUAUCUCCCGAUAAGUACAUUGAGUGAAAUAUAUAUAUCCGGAGUUGUAUUUUGCUGUAGGAAGUCCAGCAUUGAAUUAAACUACGUCAAUUAAUCAGUGAUGUUGAUAGCUUUUCAU